CUUGCCUUUGCCCAUCAUGCCAUCCGGAACGCAGAAAUCGCGUCGCUCGUUGCAUUUUCCUGGUCUUCAUGGGAUACAGCGUCGACAGCGGCUCGACGAUGCGCCAUCGCGAAGGCUGGCGAAGCCGCGUCUCCGUGGCUGAGGAUACGAUGGAGGUGGCCUACCAGGCCCACCACGGGCACGAGGCGAUGGUCUGAGCACCGGCACUGCUUGCCUGCCUGCCGGUGCAUGACCGCAUUCAAUAUAGCAAACUCUGGUAUUUGGUUCGGUUCGCCACUCUGACUACCACCACCAUGGUUUCUGUACCUGCAAACACUAUUCGUUCGUCCGCCGCGGCUGCGCCGCCGCAGGACGCUACAAAGCACGAAAGCCACUUAGAAGGUGCGCCGCGCCACUCGCUUGACGCGACGCGCGACGCGACCGACGCGAUCUGCCACUCGGCGGACGCGCCGCGGCUCCCAAGCCACCCGCCUCGCAAGAUCGACGACGCGCCUCGCCCCUCGAUCGACGCGACGCGCGAAGCCACCGUCCAUGUCCCCUAUCCGCCGCGUCCCCGGGGCCCGAGGCCUGUCGCCAUCCGCCACCCAAGCCACUCCCCCGCCUCACCGCGCCCCGCGGCCACCAAGCCACCCACGAUCACCAAGCCACUCACGGCCACCAAGCCACCCGCCACCUCCGCACGCCACCCACUCUCAUCCACCUCUCAACCCGCCGACCCCGACCCCGUCAUCACCGCCUUCCUCAGGCGCGCCCACUUCGACGACGUCUACUACGACGCCCAGUGGCACACGAACACGCCCCGCGCCGCCGCGCGGCCCCUCUUGCGCGUGCCGUCGCCGCUCGGGUUUCAGGGCACGAACGCAGAGCUCGAGUACUCGAUCGCGGUGCUCGAGAAGAAAGACCUACUGCGGCGGCGGCCCAACUUCCGGAGCAAGACCCAGAAGACUCAGGCGUUGGUUGGCAUACGGGGCCAGACGUGGUUCGAGGUAGAGAAGGGGGAUGAGGAGGCGGUGAAGAGGUGCAAGUUGAAGGGAGGAGUCGAGCCGGAACCAAAGGCCAACCCCGGGAAGCUGCCGUCCAAGUACCAGCCGGAGCUAGCGAAGCAAAGCGCCGACCGUGCGAGGCAAAGCCCUCCCCCCGCGAAGCCGAGCACCGACCAUACCAAGCAUGCCUCCGACCUCUCAAAGCAAAGCCCCGCAAAGCCGAGCGGCACGCCCAAGGUCCUCGCAAAGCCGGGCCCUUUGCCGAAGACCCACACGCCGAAGCAAAGCCCGGUGGAGGACAUCGGCGAGUACGAGGCGCUGCUGAAGGGGCGAGAUAUGACCGCCGCGGCGGGGAUGGGAGGAAGGGCCGAGGACGGCGCUGUUCAGGAGCAUGCAUCGGCUGCAGCUCAGGAGCAUGCACCGGCCGCAGCUCAGGAGCAUGCACCGGCUGCAGCUCACGACAAGGUCACUCCGGCUGGUCGCGAGAAUGUCGCGGUCGCCCAAGCGCCUGGCAGCGUCGCCGAAGAACGCGCCUCGACUGAGCUCUCCGCACCCGUGCGCGCCUUCGGGAGGGACAGGGCCAAUGUGCCCGCGGUUGCUGGGCUCGACCUGCCCGCGGCUGGCACGGCGAACGACUCCGACGGUCAGCCGUCCAGCGCUGCCUCCGGCUCGCAGUCGUCGAGCAGUGGUACCGGAUCGCAGUCGCCCGCCCACCCUCCCCAGUCGGUCGAAGACGCGUUUAUGCAGGAGAUGCGGGCUUGGAAGACCCAGCGCAUGAGAUACGUACUUGAGGAUAGGCGCCGUCAGUUGAUGUUGUCAAAGAGGCCGAACUUGGUGCAACCCUUUGAGCUCGGGCGGUACACUCACCCACAGCACAUCAUCAUCGAGCCGCCCCUGCAGUCUACGGCGCCGCGGAAGAGGGAGGUGGGGCCGAGUCUGCGCAUGGUGAUUCUGUCGCUGUUGGUGAAGGAGAAACCGGUGGUCACCGACGACGAGGACGAUCACAUGGAUGCGCACGAUGAGGAGGACGGAGACGAUUUCGACGAGGGAGUCGACACGGAGGAGGAAGACGACAUGCAGUGGGCGAAUGAGAUGACUGACGAGGAAGCGGCGCAGGUGGACUGGGACGCUGUACUGGCGCAGAAGGAGCGGGAGGCGUGGGCGAAGAAGAGGAAGGCCUUCCUGGACGCCUACGACCCCAAGCCGCCCGCCAAAGUCGAUUUGGCGGAGCGCGUGCGGCUAUUGAAGCUGCUGGGCAACCCCCUGACAGAAUUGGCCGUUAACCGGCAUAAUUAUGCGAUGAACAAGCGGUGUGCGAUGUACAUCGACGACGCGAAGAGGGCGUACUACGCCAGAGGCACCCCUCGCAAGGCCACCGUGUACUCCUUCCUCGUGCACCGCAGCCCGUUCUACGUGUACCCGCCCACCCUCCGAUGGCCCGCCGAGCAUAUUUUCGCCUGGUUCGCCGCGCGCCCCACGCACGACGACGUGGACAUCAUCAGGGCCUUCGCGGCGUACGUCGUCGGCAGGGGCAAGCGCGUCCAAGCCGAGGUCUGGCUCGACGUCUUCCGGCACGUCCGCAAGUGCUACGGCGGCGGCGGCCCGAAGGACGGCUUUGCCGGGCCGGACUUCCUCGACGAGUUCCGCUGGGAGCUGGAGGGCGAGGACGGGCCGGAUGGAGAGACCUUUGAGGACCUGCUCGUGGCGGCGUUCGAGGGACGCGGGGCCGGGUACGGGCUGAUGUGUGGGGAUAUCGAGAAGUAUACGUUUGCGAAUGAGCAGAAGGACACUGUCGUGGGGGAGGACGAUCUGGACGACGAUGACGACAACGACAAUGACGACGACGACGACGACUGGGACGAAGACGGGGACGUCAAGAUGUACCCGUUCGACGCCAGGAUCAAGACUCCGGGUGCGCGGCGCGAAGUGGUCCAUUAGGAUCUCGGGGAAGGUGCUUUUGUAGACGUUUCUCCAGGAUUUCUGUAUAGGUUUGUUUUCCCAGGAUCACUGUAUCAUCAUCAUCGCUUUCGAAGCUACUGAUACGUAGCACUACCCAAUUAUCUACACGCCAUCUAGUACCUACUUACUCACCUGGACUCUUGUCCAGUAAUAUUGUAUCCACCCUCAAGUUCUGUAUUCGUAUGAGCGGCCAUGCUAUCUGCGUUUGACCGCUUCACUUGCGAGACCGACUCUGAUAAAGCUCUCUGACAAACUGAAGACCAUCCUCCAUUGUUCUGCAGUCCAGCAUGAAGAAAAUUCCAAAAAUUGCGCGUCCGAUACCACUCGCUUGGGGUGGCAUCGUCGCUCCCAUAGGGAGUCGGCCCUAUGGCGGAGCAGACGCGUCCAGGAUGAGACCACCACUCAGUUGUUCCAACAG